CUGAUCUGAGAGAGCACCGUUCAGAAAGUUUUCGUAGUGUUAAUUCAGACAGAGAAUUAUGGUGAAUAUUUUUAAGAUGUUAGUUUCACCACUGGUGCACGGGGCGGUGAAACUAGCAGGGCUGACUCCUAAGCUCGUAGAGAUCGAACCCGGAACAGUAUUAAAUAUUUGGGUGCCAACCGAAACCCUAAAAAACACCACAAAAAUUCCUCACAAGCCUGUUGUAGUGUUUCUUCAUAGCUUUGCUGCCGAUGGCAUUCUGACAUGGUUUUUUCAAGCCAUAUCUUUAUCGGGCAUGUAUUCUGUUUACGUGCCCGAUUUCAUAUUUUUCGGUGACUCUACCACCGAUAAAUUAGACCGCACAACGGCUUUUCAAGCCGAGUGCAUAGCCAAAGGUUUGUCGAAACUAGGAGUUGAAAAAUGCACAAUUGUUGGUCUUAGUUACGGGGGUAUGGUAGGGUUCAAAAUGGCGAGGAAUUAUCCUGACUUGGUUGAGUCCAUGGUGGUCUCGGGCACGGUGGUGGAGAUGACGGAGUCGAUAAUUGCAGCGUUGCUGAAAAAGUAUAAGGUGAAUUGCUGGUCAGAUAUGAUGAUGCCAACCUCUGUUGAUGGUGUAAAAGAGAUGAUGAGUGUGGGUACACAUAAGUUGCCGUGGCUGCCUGAUAUUGUUUACAAACAUUUUCUGGAGGCUUUCUUUGAUAACAGGAAAGAGAGAAUUGAACUUUUGAAGGCUUUGGUAGUUAAUGACAAAGAUGCGGUUUCACCAAACUACACCCAGAGGAUUCAUUUAUUAUGGGGAGAUGAUGAUAAGAUUCACGACUCCGACUUUGCUCGUAACAUGAAGGAAAAUUUAGGAGAGAAAGCGAGUAUCGGAUUCAUAGACAAGGCAGGGCAUUCGUCACCAGUGGAGCGCCCUUUUGUAUUCACUCAGCACCUUAAGAAAAUUCUUUCUUCCUUCCGGACUGAAGUUAAGAAUGAAUAGUAUUGCGUCAUUUUUUUAAGAAAUGCUCGGUUGCUUAAUUGAGUUCUUGUUGGAGACUGUGAUUUCAAGAUUUUAAGUAAUUGAGUUCUUGUUGGAGACUGUGAUUUCAAUUAAUUGAGUUCUUUUUGGAUUUUAGACAAUUUUGUUAUUAAAAUCAAGUAAUUUUAAGUUUUGAAUCCAUUUGUUCCUGGACAAUGUCUGUC